GAAUAUGUGGAAAUGUCUCUGAUUAUAAUGCUUGUGGAAAUAGUAGACCACCUGGUUCAUUAAUUGAUAAAAUUAAUUUUAUUGAUGGUGGAGGAUUUAUUACUCUUGAUAAAAGAUUUUAUGUAUAUAAUUUGUUACAACAAGAGAAAAUGUUUAAAUCUUUAAAUUUAUUAGAUUUUUCUUUAUAUUUGAAACUCAUUUCUUAUCAUUCACUUAAUUUAGAUUCAACUUAUCAACUUUCAAAUAAUAUAAAUUUAACAAAAUUAUUGUCACCCUUUAAGAUUGAUCUUUAUCUUGUUAGAUUGAAAGAUAAUUAUGAUAUAUUAUUACAAUAUAGUGUACAAAUUAAUUGUUCAACAGAUUGUGUUUUUAACAAACAUGAAAUAGUAAUGUGUAGAAAAUUUUUAAAAGAUGAACAGAAAACAUGUGAAAUAUCUAAUAAUACAGUUGGAAAAACAUUUGGUCAUUAUGAUUCUGGUUAUCCAGUUUUUAUUUUAGAUGGAAAUCAAAUAAUGGAUAAAAUACCUAAAGUUAAGGAUGAAGAUGGUGAUGAGGAUGUUUAA